AUGGAUCUAGAAGGAUUUUCAGAAACAACUACGAGACCGAAACUUAAUCGAAAAUAUUUGUUAGAAGCAGAUGUUGGGCCAUAUUCCUGUCCAAAUACUGAUAUUUCUUUUGACAAUAAUUUUGGUACCAAGAUUUUGAUUAAACAAGAUAAUGUCGACCCUUUGAAAACCAAAGAAGAAAUAACCCAAGACCAAGGCUCAGUUAAAGGCAAGAAACGACCGAGCCAAAAGAAAAAGAAAGUUCAGGAUUCAAAAUUGGAAAAGAAUUAUACAUGCGAAAACUCUACGCAAAGUUAUGAGUGGAAAGAAAAUUUGUAUAAUUAUAAACAAUUUGAAUCUAACGUCAAUCCAAAAAUCCGGGAAUCAAAACCGGAGCUGAAAAAGGAAUACAAGUGUGAAAAGUGUGCCCGAAUCUAUAUUCAGAAAACCAGUUUGACAAGUCAUCAAAAAUAUGACUGUGGCGUCAUGCCACAGUUCAGUUAUGAACAAGGCUUUUUAGAAAUAACUACGAGACCGAAACUAAAUCCAAAAUUUGGGACAAAAUCAGCUGAUGGCCCAUAUUUUUACGCAACUACUGAUAUUUCUUUUGAGAAUAAUUCUCGUACUCAGGUUUUUAUUGAGUACGACAAUGACGAAACUUUGGAAAUCAAAGAAGAAAUUGCUCCAGAACAAAAAUUAGUUAUACAAGGCGAUAAUUUUUGUUCUGUUCCCAACAAACUACAGAGCCAAAAGGAGCAGAAAGUUCAGGAUUCAAAAUGGGAACAGAGGGACACAUGCGAAAACUCUACGAAAAGCUAUAAAUGGAACGAAAAUUUGUAUCAUCGUAAACAAUUUGAACUGGACGUCAUUCCUGAAAUUCGGAAAUCAAAACUAGAACGGGAAAAGAAAUACAAAUGCGAAAAGUGUGCGCGAAGCUAUGUCUGGAAAAGAAGUUUGUAUAAUCAUAAAAAAUAUGAAUGCGAAGUCAUACCACAGUGGAAAUGCGAAUUUUGUGAAAAACCGUUUAAAUUUAAAAGUCACAUGAAUAAACAUAUAGUUUGCGUGCAUCAGAAAACAAACUCAAAUACAUCGCCAACCAGGCAUUAUUGCGAUAAAUGUUCUCGAAGUUACAUUUGGCCAUCCGAUUUAGCACGACACAAACGAUUAGAACACGUAGCAGUCAAACCACAAUUUACUUGCCACGUUUGUAAUCAUAAAACUAGUCGGAAAGAUCACUUGUUUCAGCACAUUGUUGCACUUCAUACUAAUGAAUUAAAUAUACGUAAGUGAAAACCGCUAGUCUUCAAUAAUUAUUAUAUCGAAAAUCAGUUAAAAACAAAUUUAAGUAUUUUCUCUUAAAGUUAAAUACGAUUUUUGUAAUUUUUUUUCAAUAUUGAUCCUGAUAUGAUUCAUGAAGAGGCGGGUAGCAUGGAUUUAAAA